CGUGGAAGGGGCGGGCCUCAAGUGGUGGCGGGAAAGCGGCGGCCGUGGAGCGUCUUCCCGGACGCUGAGGGGCCGGAGGCCGCGGCGAGUCCCGGUCCGGCCGCUGGCGCCGCCAUGGACUCGGCCGAGGUGGAGUUCCUGGCCGAGAAGGAGCUGGUCACCAUUAUCCCGAACUUCAGUCUGGACAAGAUCUACCUUAUCGGGGGCGACCUGGGGCCUUUCAACCCCGGCUUACCCGUGGAAGUGCCUCUGUGGCUGGCCAUCAACUUGAAACAAAGACAGAAGUGUCGGCUGGUUCCUCCCGAGUGGAUGGACGUGGAAAAGUUGGAGAUGAUGAGGGAUCAUGAACGAAAGGAAGAAACGUUCACCCCUAUGCCCAGCCCUUAUUACGUGGAACUCACCAAACUCCUGUUAAACCAUGCUUCGGACAACAUCCCGAAAGCAGAUGAGAUCCGGACCCUGAUCAAGGAUGUGUGGGACACUCGCAUAGCCAAGCUCCGGGUGUCUGCUGACAGAUUCGUGAGACAGCAAGAGUCACAUGCCAAGCUGGAUAACCUCACCUUGAUGGAGAUCAACACCAGCGGGGCUUUCCUCACACAAGCGCUCAAUCACAUGUACAAACUCCGCACAAACCUGCAGCCUCCUGGAGGUGCCCAGUCUCAGGACUUCUAGGGAGACUCUGGUUUGUAAAGGCCUCGUGUCUGCCGGCAGGAGGCUCCCCAGCUGGUGAGUGCGUGCUCAGGACUUGACGGAGGUACUCACAUUUCUGGAGCGCAAGAACUACUUCUGAACGUGUGAAAAAAAAAGCUCCGUGAAGCAAGGAAUGGAUUUAUAACGUUGGGAAGCAACAGGCUUGUGCUUAGUCCCCAAGGCGCUCAUUAAUUCCCCGUCUGUAUCUAGCAGCCAGCUGUCCUUUUAUAGGGGUGGAGGAGAAAAAGAGCUUUGGCAAAACAAUUUUCCCCAGCAGAGACUCAGGUCUCCUGCACAGAACUGUCACAGGCAGGUGAGUAUUCACUAAUGUCAGGCAUUGCUUUUAAAAGAUAGAGCCACAGUAGGAAUGCCAGUGGUGGCUUUGGCCCUUUUUCUUUCUUGCUACUGAUCACUUGGAUUUAAUUUAGAAUGUCCUACAGAGGUAGUUCACAGAGAGGAUAGCAGACGAGUGGCCGGUGACAGCGAGCUGUGUCCAUCUGAGCCCUGACACACAGUAAAGAUGGAUUAGCCCAAAUCUCUGUUGGGUUUGUUUCCUGCGUAACUACCCCGACAGGGGCGAGCCAGGUGGCUAAAACAGCCUGAUCGACCAAAUAGAGAGGUAGGUAGCAGGUGGCCGUCAGCUUCAGCCCAGGACUCUGCACGUCUCGUUCUCUUGUCUACUCCUGGGUCGGGUCUAAAGGGUGGCUCAUCAUCAAGGGGAAAGUCAGGGAAAAAUUAAUUCCGUGUCACUGAGUGUGAGGGUGAAGCUGAAACACGACACCAGGAGGGAAAGUGGGGACGUGGUGCUGGACGGACUGUUACAGGCAGUGGUGGCUCGAGAGGUAUUUUACUUUCUCCCUAGGAGAAAAACGUGUAGCUGUAGCAUUCUGGAAUGGCUACGUUCCCUGUAGAAAGCUCUUACCUGAAGAGGGGAAUGAUGGUCUACUCGCGCGCGUGUGGGUUCAGUGAGCAGCUGUUGGCAGCAGUCGCAGCGGCAGUCAGAGGCAGUGGUGCACCAGCUCGGGGGCUUUUUGAGGCGUGGAUGUGCUUGAUCAAAUGAGGCUAGAGUGCCUGCUGGUCUCUGCCCUUCAGUGUUUCAAGUACAAGCCUCAAGUUACUCGAGCACUGUUUCUCCAGCCCAGAUUGGUGCCUAGCUGUCCCUCCAACAAACAGCUGGUGGCUCUUACUUGAGCACUGAGGGCCAGAUGUGGAGGGAUCAGGACCCCAAAGACCUAGUCCUGCCUCUUCAGCUCGCUCUUACACAGAGUCCUUCAGAUGUACUUUGGAGACUCUUCUAGCAUGAAACGAGCUACUGUGGCAGCUCGGGAGCUGUGCGUGUCUCAGGUCUCACCCUGAACACCCUUCUCUUAAAGCCUGGCUGAGGUGCAGCCCGGCCUGUCUGCGCGGUUCACCUGCAAAGCUGCAGGAUCGUCGAGCUUUUGUUUUUGAGGGGCUUUAUUGCAACAUAAAAGAUUUUUUCUCAACAUGAUUUAGGAAGAUUUUAUUUUUUGAAUGUUGUCAGAAAUUACAGCAAUAUAUUCAUAAAUACCUAAUUACUACAUUCAACAAAUAAUAUUACGAUACAAUUAAUUCAAACAAGUACACUUAGAACAGGUUUAAUUUCACAGCAUCUAAACUGUCCCCAGAGUGACCGAGGCACCGUCCCUCCUCCCUCCCGUCCUGGCUCACUGUUCUAGCAGGUAAGCACAGGGCA